UUUACCUUCACAAAAUUCAUUUCCCCAAGUUUAUUCCUUACAAUCACCUUCCUUUAAAAAACCAAUACCAUACCUUCCACCCGAAAUAAUAACAGAAAUUAUUUCAUGUGUUAAUGAAGACGAUAUAAAAUCAUUAUAUUCAAUAAUUCAAGUAAAUAGAACGUGGUUUUCUUGUUCAAUUCAUAUCUUAUGGAGGCAACCAUUUAAAUAUAUUUCAUUGACAGGUUAUUCAAAAUUACUUAAAGUUUAUAUUUGGUUUCUACCCGAACAAACCAAAUUGAAGUUACAAAAUAAUUAUUUUAACUUUGAUGUUAAAGAAUUCCAUAAGAAACCUAUAGUGAAUUAUUUAAAUUAUUUAGAAAAUUUGGAAAUAGAAUUUCGUAGUUUAUAUUGGGCGAUUAAACUAUUAUUACCUACCCUUGAAAUCGAAGGAAACGAUGAGAAACAUGAAGAUAAUAAACAAAAACAGGAACGACAGGUUCAAGCUCACGCUUUAUUAAUAGAAUUAUUUAAUUUAUUUAAAGAAAAUUGUCCAAAUUUAAAAAAUUUUAAAAUGAAUUAUCCAAACGAACAUUUAUCAUUGAACGCUGAAGAUUUAGAGAAUAUUUGUACAAACCUAACGGAUUAUAAAUCGACUUUUCAUCGUCCACGACCUCGUCGUCGUCGUAAUGCUGCUAUAUAG